UUAUGACCUUUCCAACGUACGAAAUCCAUACGAGAUCUUAUAAAACCUCGGUUAGUUUAUCCUAGGUACAAAAUAAAAAGGAAUCAUCUUGAGCUAAAACCAAAAAAAAAUAAAAAUGGAUGAUUCUGAAUUUGACUUUGGCCAAUUAGAUCAACUAUUCAAUUUUCUUUCUUCUCUUCCUCCUCCUACUCCUCCUCCAACUACUUUUCAAAAUCAAGAUUCAUCAAUUUCAUUACAAACACAAAACUCUAAUCAUGUCCCUAAAAAGAAACCAAUUGUCACCAAUCAUCAUCAUCAUCAUGUGAUUAAAAAGAAACCAAUUAAGAUCUCCAAUAUUAAUAAUGAUGAUCAAGUUCAAAAUCCUCCAAAAGAGAAAGAGAAGAUAGCAGAGAAGAAGAAAGUUAUACGAAGAGAUGUUGAAAGGCAAAGAAGGCGCGAUAUGGCUAAGCUUUACCAACGUUUGCGCCUUCUUAUUCCUUCUAAGUAUCUCAUGGGAAAGAGGUCUAUAUCUGAUCAUCUAGAACAGAUUGUGGAUUAUGUAAAAGAUUUGAGGAAGGACAUAGAGGACUUGGAAAGAAAGAGAGAAACUUUGAAACAAUUGAAAAGUACUAUUUGUAGCUCUCAAUUGGCACCAUCUUCAUCCUCUAUGAAAUUAAAUGAGCCUUUAAAUGAUGAUGAUGAUGAUGAUAGAAUAAAUGUGAAAUCAUGCAAUGAAGGAGUGGAAAUUUCAAUUAAAGGAGGGCUAUCUCUAUCAAACGUACUUAAAGUUGUUAUGAAAGAAGGAUUUAUUGUUAGUAGUUGUGUUUCCUCCACAGUUAAUCAAGAGCUUAUUCACAUUAUUCAAACUAAGGUGAAUACAAGCGGAGAUACUGAUCUUGCAACGCUACGAUCCAAGUUGAUGAGUUUAUCUUAAUUCUUAGCCAUAAUAUUUUGGGAUCAUUUGAAUUUGAUACCUUUUGUUUGGUGUAUUAUUUAAUUUAAAUCAAUGUUAGCUCUAUUUAUCUUUUUAAAUGUAGCAAUUUGAUAGCCUACAUCUUAUGAACGAUGACAUGGUAAAUAGCAAGGAUAUACCCCUUUUAGGGCAUGUAAAAGUGAAGAAAAUUUGAAAAACCAGCUUCUA